AAAAUCCAGCUAAUUCUAGUGUGCCGUAGUGUGUUGCAUCGUUAUUUUCCCCUGCGUUUCCUUUGCCCAAGCUCGCCGACCAGUCGCCGUGUGGGUUACGGUCGGUCGGCAACCGCUCGGGAAACAGUGGCCGACGGGACACGAACGACGACACCACGGCAGCCUUCCUUCAAGCUGGACGUUACUGGCUCGUUACUGACCUGGCACUCGCUCAGUCGGCCGAAGGAAAUCGUUGCAGGCGUUUGUAGUAUGCGCAACAAACGGUAGGCAACGCGUGUCCUACCACCGCCGGAGGGUAAAACGUGUACGUGUGCGCCUGUGCGUGUGUAUGUGUGUAUUGUUUUUGCAUGUGUGGCUGUCUAACCAGAACAGAAAAGUCGAAAACUACCCGUUCCUCGACAAGCUACGGCAACGGCGAGAAGGAAGUGGUGAGUGGUGCAACAUUCAACAAAACAACAACGGCAAACCAGUUAGACAUUUUGUCUGUGCGUGAAGCUCCAAAAAUUAAAAUCUCGAAAAUCCUCGAACUCCGAACGGGGGUGGGAAACGCACUGCAAGUGAAGCUCCGCCUGAAAGAAAACACCGUGUCGACCGUGUGUGUGUAUGUGUGAGUGUGUGUCCAUGCCGGGGAAAUUUUGAAAAAGCCGCAACCGCAGCAGUGUGUGCAGAAGUUUUCCCGUGCAGUGGAAGUGAAAUUUCCGAAAACCUCCGUGCCGGUGUGACCGUAGUGUGCUUUCCUUUGUCACUGUAAUAGUGUGUGGCUGUGGCUGUAUGCAUACGUGUCAGUGUCCUUGUGCUUGGUGCAUUUGUGAGCGUGUGUAUGUAGAGGCAAAAAACAGCAGCCGAAUUGUUGUUUUUUUUUUCUUUGUUUAAUGCAUGACCAACAGUUUACGUGUCCGUGUGCGCGUCUCCCUUUUCGCGUGGAAGCAAUUGUUGUGUAAGGCUUCGCGUCGUUUGGUGAAUUUUUGGUCGACGGUUAAGCAUCGGAAGCCGAAAAAGUUCGCAACAGCGGACGGUCGUGUGAGACAUCUUAGCUUGUGCGCUGCGGGCCUAAGGGCAAAACGUGUCGGAAUUUCGUCUGGGAAUGGCCGGCUGAGUGGUGUUUGGUGAGUGCUGUUUUUCACGCUCAUUUGGUAAACGUUUGUGCGAGUGUUUUUCUUUUAGUACCCCCCCCUUUCCCACCAACGAUCACAAACGAAAGAAGCGUUAAAAUUUCUUGCCAACGAUCGUGGUAAGCGUGAGCGAGAGCGUGUGAGAGAGCGAAGCAUUCUAAGUAAAACGCACUUAGAACGAAGCAGGCGAGAACGUCCUGGUGGGAAUCGAUUUGCCACGAAAGUGAGUCUGUGUGUGUGUGUGCGUGAACGAGAAAGCACGAGCAAGUUUUGAAAGUUUUCCCAACGCCACACUGUGUGGCCUCACGUGUGAGUGUGAACGAAAGUGUGAGCGUGAAGGCAACAUAACAGCAGUCGAGAGAAAAAGAAAGCAACUGCCACCCCAACACUAGCGCUGCAGUUUAUUCCAUUCGGUGUGUGCAACCGUCGAAGUGUGCAGGUUGAUGAAAGAAUAGUUUUGUUUGGUUUUCUUUUUGUUUUUAUCUAUUUCCGGCAAAGGCAAAGUGUCCUUGUUGCUGCUGCUGCAGCUGCUUUGGGAGUGUGUUUUUGGUGUGGUGUUUGUUUGGCGAUUGUGGACCCGGCAGAAGGGCAGGAUUCACUUCUGGGUUAUCCUGUAUUUGUGGGUGUGUAUGUGCUUUAAUCCAGUGUGACCAAGUGUGAUUGAGGGGACGUGUGCGGUUAGCGAAUGGAGGCAGGAUCGGCUGGGCCAGCUAAGGAACUGUGACGCCCGUGUGACACGACCAAAAGGGACCAAAGUUCGGGUGCCCGUUCGUAUGCAGAACACGUUUCAUUAACCGUAUAAAUAAGAUGUCUUAAUAUGGGUUACUCGUGCGAAAGUGCGCAUCUACAGUAUCGACCAGUACGAUCGGACCGCAACCAGCGAAGUUGGUCAACCGAGCCACUGCAGCUGCUGGACAGCCAUCAACCGCAGGCCACAACCGCAACCGACCGCAGCUGUACCAGCGACAGCACCACCACUACCAUCACGAACCGCUCACCAGCACCAAAUCAACCGCCCUGGGCGACAACAACGGACGGUAGCUCCACCAGCCCGACCCGGUGGAACCUGCGCACGGAACCAACGCCGGAAGGGACCGUGGUGGCCCCGGUUACGAAACGGCGUACAUCCCCCACUGAGCCCAUCGCCGUCACCAGCUCUCGGUGGCAUUCGUCCUUCAACCUGCUGCGUGCGCCAACGGCCGUGUUCGACGGUUACUCGACGAUCGUGCUCGAAAAGCUGUCCCGCUUCAUCAGCCGCCAUGUAGCCGCUCCCCAACAUGCCACCCCGCCAUCCGUUCCUGCCAUCCCGACGACGAGGACGACGACGAAGACGACGUCCAGAAGUGCUGCGAGUCCAAUGGCGCACACCGUCACACCGUCCAGCAGGC